UUCUUUUGGUUUUGGUUUUGAUGGUGUCUAAUUUGGAUAUCCCUAUUUUGAAGUUGUUUGUAUUAAGAACAGACAUAUAUAGGUUUUUAAUUAGAAGAUGAUUUCUCACCUUCAUUUUCCCUCUCUGUUGUUUGUCUCCUCCUACCUCCACCUCUCCUCUUCGACACGCUAUGGCUGCUCGGAAGGAGAAUAAUAGGUGGAGAUCAGUUCCAGAAUUUGGGGGUUGGGAUCACAAUGCGCCAGGAGCAAGCAAUUAUUCUGUUGUAUUUACUCGAGCUCGAGCCGAUAGAAAACAACAAAAAACUGACUUAACUGAGUUCAAAAAAACCAGCCUAGGGAAUGAAAGGGAGUUAAUGGAAGCCAUGGAUAAAAGUCAUUGUCACCAAAAACAUCGCCAUCAUCGCCAUCGCCAUCACCAUGAACACCAACACCGCCACCAUCACCACCAACAUCAUCAUCAACCACCCCCAGAUGACUCUGUUGGCCCACAGAAGAAAAAGAAGAUUCUGACCUACAUCAAUUGUUGUAUCAGGCCUUGAUAUGAGACAGAAGCCAACUCACUCCUCUAUGUUUUUGUCACAUCGUGCUGUUUUUCUCAAUCCUUUUUUUUUCUUGCAUGUAAAUGUAGAUGAGACAAGUUCAUCAUAUGGAUAAUUGCACGAAUUUCCCCUUCCCUGCAUCUUGUUUAGGCUCUUUAGCUUAUAAAACAUGGAACCUUGAAAUUUA